AUUUAUAUGAAUCCAGAUUUCUUUUUUAUUUGCAAUUUAAUGUUUAAACAAUGACAUUAUUUUUUAAAUUGGUGAGAGGGAGUUGCCGAUCAUGCGCUAGGUGUUUACCUGGUAUAAUUAGCUAAUAACCAAUCACAUUCCUACAUGUGUAUUUAUGUUAAUAAUAGAUCUUCGCGUUAUUCUGUAUUAUUUCUUAAUUGUCUGUAUAUGUAUGUGUGUGUGUGUUAUAAUUAUAAAGGCGUAAUUAAUAAGUUUGUACUUAUUAUAGGCGUAACAAUAAGUUUUACUUUUGGAUGUGUAAUUUUUCAUUUUUUUUUAAAUUUAAAUUCUUUGUAAAAAAUUCCCUCUUAAUAUGGGAAAUGACGAUAAGAAUAUAUCACAAAUUUACCGUAAAAAAAAAAAAUUGGAGAGGAAAAAUUCAGACGAACAACUCUUAGAAUAUUUAAAUUUUAUUUUUCCGGACGAAUAUAUGGGUGAGUUCUGUUUUGAUGAUUUUUAAUAAAAAUACGGAUUUCAUAGUAAUGAUUUCGAAUAUUUUAAUAUAGACGCAGCCGAAGAAAUUUUAUUAAAAUAUCUUGAGACAGAAACUACUGAUUUUGAAAAACUUUACACAGUAAAUAGUGACGAUUCUGAAUAUUCCGAUAUUGUAUUAAACGAAGAAAAUACUCUAGAAUUUCUGACGUUUCAGGAACCAGAACCCGUUGAUCUAAAAAAUAUUAUUUCUAAUCUAGAUGUUAAUAAUUAUACAUUGACUGAUCAUUUUGAGCACGAUGAUAUUGGAAUGGUCAAUGACUAUAUAAGAAAUUUGACACUUCAAAAACGAAAACUCUUUGUUACAGAAAAUAUUCAUUGGAAAAAUGAGUCGAUAUCAAUGAAGUUAUUUCCUUUUAAAAGAUUACAACGCUUGACUCCAGUUGUUACAGGAAACCUUCCUUUAAAUUAUUUUCUACAUAUAUUGACGGACGAUAUUAUCAACGAAAUAAUUAUUCAUACUAAUAAUUAUGGAGUUAAAAUGAUGAAACGUUCAGAAAUAAUCGAGCGUUAUCAUACCAAUUCAUGGAAAGCCGUUACAAAAGAAGAAAUACUUGUAUUUUUUGGAUUGAUUUUCUAUAUGGGACUUAUAAAAUUGGAUCGUACGAGUAAUUAUUGGAAUGAGAGUACAUUUUUCUUCGGUUUAAAUAUGUUCGCAAUGAAAAUGGACAAAAAUCGUUUUUUAUUAUUGGUACGAGCGUUACAUUUUGCAGAAUAUCAAGACGAAUAUGAAAUACCUCCAGCUGAUCAAUUAUACAAAAUAAGGAAUAUUUUGAAUCUCUUUAAUAGAAGAAUGUCUGAAAUAUAUCAUCCAGGACGUGAAAUUAUCUUUGAUGAAUCUUUUAUAUUGUUCAAAGGAAAAUUAAUACUCCGCCAGUAUGUAACAGAUAAAAGGCAUAAAAGUGUUGGAAAAGUGUAUACUAUCGCAACACCAACUGGCAUUGUUUUAAAAUGUUUGAUGCAUAUGAAUAUAUUAGAUGAUUAUGAUGAAAAUAAGAAUUGUAAGAAAGUAAUGGACUUUUUAGAUGGGUAUUUAAAUGUUGGCCAUAGCGUGUACAUGGACAAUUAUUACAAUAGUUUUGAACUCGUAAAACUCCUCGCGAAAAAUAAAACCCAUUGUACCGGGUUCUUAAGAAAAAAUAGAAAAACUUUGCCGGAAGAGGUUGUGAAAGCAGUAUUAAUGAAAGGAGAAACUAUUUGCAGAUAUGCCAAUGGUGUAAUGAUUGGUAAGUGGAAAGACACGAGAGAUUUUAUCUACAUCUCUAACGAGUAUAAAAAUGAUAUGACUUUAAUCAAAGGUAAACGAAAAGAAAUGAAAUUUAUACCACUACCAAUUAAGCAAUACAAUAUGUACACAGGAGGAAUAGAUAAGCAAGAACAAUUGCUAUCUUAUUAUCCAUUAGAAAAAAAAAACAUUAAAUGGCCUGUUAAAUUGUUUAUCCAUUUAUUGCAAAUAAUAAUAGAAAAUGCACGUCAUCUAUACAAUAUGUUUUCGCUACGUGAUAUGUCUCUAUACGAUUUUCGUUUAUCAAUAAUUAGUAGUUUAUUGAAUACAUCAAGUUAUUGUCCUGAACUUGUGUCUAAUAAGUCAAAAGUAAGUGUCGAACAUGUCCUAAUAAAAAGUACACCAUUAAAACGUCAAAAGCAGAAGAGACUAUGCCAAAAAUGUUACAAACGCCAAAAACCCAUUUACAUAUGCACCGUCUGCGAAGGAUCACCGACUUAUUGUAUCGAUUGUUUAAAAAUAAUACAUGAAAUACAUGUUCCAAAUCUACCAGUAACACUUAAUGGGGCAAUUGAGAAUUCACUUUCUCGUCAAGGGCUAUUAGAGGAUAAUCAGGAAAAAUAAAAAUUAUUGCAAAGUGAUGAUAUAAUAUUGAAUAAUUAUAAUAUAUGUAAAAGUGAAAAAGAUUGACGACAAGUUUGCAAAGAAAAUAAUAAUUGAUAUAACAAAUAAUAUAUAGUAAUUAGUAUAUAAAUUUUUGAUAAAAUGUAACAAGACUUUGUCAAUGAUUUGAUAAUUAUUUUCUGU